AUGAGGCCUAUUCUUGGUCCAGCAUGUGGCAGCGCUUUUCCCCUCUGGAUCAAAGUGGUUGAUAACGGCAUUGCAGUCAUGUGUGUAGCCACGAGGUCUACUGACUGUUAUAUAGCAUUCAGGAACAUACCAGUCCAGAACUGCAGCGACGGUAGACAAGUGUUCAAGCUCCCACGUCCCAAUCCAUUAUCCUCGUACUGCUAUGAUGUUGAUGCAUGUGUCAACAAUCCCUGUUUAAAUAACGGGACUUGUGUGGCAAACAAGGGCGAGUUUAUCUGCACCUGUCCACCGGGCUUCAAAGGAAUUGAAUGUGAAACAGAAUGCACGUCAACGCCACUGGAUCUCCUCAUCAUAGAGGAUAUUUCUACCUCUGUCAAUCGUAGCGAAUAUGAGAAGGUGAAGUCCCUUGUGUUGGCUACCAUCACUGAUGUAAGCAUUGCUCCAACUGCUACUAACGUAGCUUUCAUGGUUUUCUCGGGAAGGGCAGAAGUCGUAUUCUACUUGAAUACUUACAGUGAAAACAAGACGACUGUCAUGGAAGCCAUUGGUUCUCAAGCACACACAGGAGGGAGCACAUUUCUUGGGGAUGCUAUCAAACUAGCAACGUCUGACGUUUUCACAGAAACCAAUGGCGAUCGCCCUGACGCCGAAAACGUGGUACUUUUUUUCACUGACGGGGAAAGCAGCGCUGAUGAAGAUGUGAGAAGUAGCAUAGAUGAGUUGAAAUCUAAGGCUGAAGUGUUUGUGGUGACUGUGACUGCAAAAGUGGACAUCACCACUGUCAACUUCGUCGCUACUUCCCCAGCUCUGAAACACGUGUUCCACAUUGAUUCUCCCGAAACGGCGGACGCCAUCAGGAACGUCACCAUUAGAGAAAUAUGCACAACGAUACCUCCUGUCGCAAAUACCUUAUAUUUUGAGAUGUUCCUUGGCAAAUAAAUAUGUUGCAUAGCACAUCAUGUGA